GUCACGAGAUGUGCGACAUCAAGGCAAUGAUGUGGAACGAGCCGCUGAAGACCGGCUACUGGCCCAAGAUCCGCCUGCACACUGGAGACGAGUUGCCCGUGCGUAGCAACAACAUGGUCGUUCUGACCAAGGACAACGUCAAGAUCAAGCGUAUGCUGGAUGACGUGGAGAGGAUUAUCCGCGAUGGCAUCCUUACUGGCAAGAUUGAACGCCGUGACGGAAAGGUUAUCACCCUGAAGAAGCCCGAAGACAUUGAGAACCUGGCUCGCCUGGUGCUGGGCGGCAUGGGACUGGUCAAUGAUGACGCCAAGUUCAUGCACUUGAUGCACCUCAUGAAGAAAAUGCUCAGCUACAACACGCACAACUUCAACAAAUACACGUAUGUGCCGACCGCCUUGGACAUGUACACGACAUGCAUGCGCGACCCCGUCUUCUGGAGGCUGAUGAAGCGCGUCGCUGAAACCUUCGUCCUGUUCAAGAACAUGCUGCCCAAGUACACCCGCGAGGACUUCGACUUCCCCGGAGUCAAGGUCGACCGCUUGACCACUGACAAACUCGUCACCUUCAUGGAUGAGUACGACAUGGAUAUCACCAACGCUGUCUUCCUUGACGACGCUGAGAUGAAGAAGAAGCACUCCGACAUGGUGAUGGUAGCCCGCAUGCGCCGCCUCAACCAUCAUCCCUUCAAGAUCACCGUCGAUGUCACCUCUGACAAGACCGUGGACGCUGUGGUCCGCAUCUUCAUUGGUCCCAAAUAUGACUGCCUCGGACGCCUCAUGAGUGUCAACGACAAACGUCUUGAUAUGGUUGAAAUCGACACUUUCAUGUACAAACUGGAAACUGGCAAGAACACCAUCGUUCGCAACUCUUUGGAGAUGCACGGAGUCAUUGAACAGAGGCCAUGGACCCGUCGCGUUCUGAACAACAUGGUAGACACUGUCGGCAUGAUCAGUAAGACCGUUGAUGUUGAGAGCUGGUGGUUCAAGACCCGCGUUGGUUUCCCGCACAGGCUGCUCCUGCCUCUUGGUCGCCGUGGUGGUAUGCCUCUGCAGAUGUUCGUGAUCAUCACCCCAGUCAAGACCAACCUGCUGCUGCCUACCGUUGACAUGAACAUCAUGAAGGAGCGCAAGACUUGUCGCUGGAGCGUGUGCUUCGACACGAUGCCGCUCGGCUUCCCCUUCGACAGGAAGAUCGACAUGACUCACUUCUACACCAACAACAUGAAGUUCACCGACGUGAUGGUGUACAGGAAGGACCUGGGCAUGUCCAACUCCGUGAAGGACAUUGACAUGUCCGACAUGGUGAUGAAGAAGGACGACCUCACCUACCUCGACAACGACAUGUUGGUCAGGUGGUCCUACAAGGACGUCAUGAUGAUGAGCAAAGACGAUAUGAUGCGAAUGUAACUCUAAACUUAAGCAACCCUCUGUUGAUUGUAAAAUAAAUAGCACCCUAUAAAUGUA